AUGACAAAUGUUCAAAAGCAUAUGCUUUUAAAGUUUGGAUCCGAUAGCAUAUGCAUCGAUAGCACACAUGGGACUAAUGCUUACGAUUUUCAAUUAUCGACAGUUUUAGUCAUAGACGAGUUUAAUUCAGGAUUUCCUGCUGCUUUUUGCCUAAGCAAUAGAGUAAAUUUAGGUUCAAUGCAAAAAUUUUUUCAGUGUAUUAGGGACAAAGUUGGACUGCUGUCUGUAAACUGCUUUAUGAGUGAUGAUGCACCAGUAUAUUAUACUGCAUGGACAUCAGUAAUGUGUGAUGCCAAAUUUAGGAUUCUAUGCACCUGGCACGUUAAAAAGGCAUGGCUGCAAGCAGCAAAUUCAAUUAUCCCCUCAAAGCGAAAGGAAGUUUUGAAAUUUUUAAAUGUAGUAUCUGAAUGUCAUGAUAUAAAAGAAUUUGAAGCACUGAUAUCUGAUUUCCUCAGCAAACUCUUUGCUGAUAGAGAUACAGACAAGUUUGCUAAUUAUUUUGCUUCAAAUUAUGCAAACAGAUGCGAGUUGUGGGCUAAAUGUUAUAGAAAAAGAUGUAACAUCAUCACAACUAACAAUCAUCUUGAAGCACUGCAUCGAGUUUUAAAAUAUUCUUAUCUUGAUGGAUUGAAAAACAAGAGGGUUGAUAGGUGCAUUGCGAAGCUUAUUAAUAUGGUGCAAGAUAAAUGGUUCCAGAGAUUUAUCAAAACAACAAAAGGGCCAAACACAUCAAAGAUCAACCAAACAAAUUUACGACACAACAGAGCAAUAAAUUUUCCAGCUAAUAAUAUCACAGAAAUCAAUGAGUUUUCUUGGCAUGUGAUUUCAGAAAGUGACCCUACUCUUGAAUAUACUGUUACUCAAAUACAUACACAAUGCAUUAAUUGUAACAUUGUUUGUAAAUGGUGCAAAAUUUGUAACGAUGCAUUUGUAUGCACAUGCACAGAUGCCACGAUUAAAGGAAGUGUCUGUAAACAUAUACAUGCAAUAAUUUUAAAGACAAGAUUACUUAAUAGAGAACAGUCAGCUAAAACUAAAGAAUCAAAUGAUGUAAAACCCUUUCUUGAUCUAUCAGCACAAAAAUUAAAAAAAUCAGGAACCAAGCACCAUAUUAUAAAUCAACUGAGUAUCAUAUCAAAACUUGUAACAUCAACAACAGUAAAUAAUAUAACUUUGGGAGAUAUUGAAAACACACUGAAUAAAGUGAUUACAAAAUUAAAGAACGAAAAGCCGAAAUUGAAAAUGGUGAACUAUGAACCUACAAAUAAAAAAGCAGAGAAACAAAAGAAUUUCUUUUUUACGAGAAAGAAAAGAAAAAGUCCAUGCAGUACUGAAAAUAUUGCAACAACUUCAUACAAGAAAGCUGCUAUAGAUGCCAUUGGAAAUAAUGAAACUCUUAUAAUUCAUGAUUCUUUUGAUCAUAUAUAUUGA